AAUUUGGUUAUUCAAGAGUUUGUGUUUUGGAGCGUGAUAUUAAAGGUUCAGGGAGUUGCGGGUUUGGAGGGUUUUAGUUGUUGAAGUUGUGCACUUGGUAUCAUGGAGAGUAACGGGGUUGGUCAUUUGUCAAAUGAUUUAGUAGAAGAGGCUCUUAGCAGCCAGGAAGUGGAUUCAGGUGUUGGGCAGAUUGGUAUUGUUUAUGGGUCAGUGGCGCAAAAGCAGUGCCCCAAUGAACGGUGCAAUGCAGGUUCUUUCGAGAAGGCAGAUUAUCAGAAGAAUUCAAACAGGCCUUCUUUUUUAGAGAUUUCUCAGUCGAAGGAUUUGAUUGUUAGUUCUUCACCUCGAAGAGGCCUGGAUCAUUGUGUCACUGCUCCUGUCUGCAUUGACAGAAGUCUGCUAAUUGAUGACCAUGCAGUCACGUUCUCUAGAUCCAUGACAGAGAAGAAGGAGGUUCCAAGGCAUGACCUAAAGUUGGAUAGGCUGUCAGAGCGUGAAAAGAUAAAGCUAAUCGCUAACCUAGUCAAGAUACAAAAGGAUGGGACGGUAGAAGUUGAUAUCACUAAAAGUGCACCUGUAGCUUCUGAAUUGUUGGAGCUUCAUACUGCUGAAAUGACACCUGUCGGAGUCGCUGAUAUUAAUUCUGAAUCUAAUAAAUCAAUUCCCAGAUUGAAAAUUGCCAUUCUUGUAGUUGGCACAAGAGGAGAUGUACAGCCUUUCCUUGCUGUAGCAAAGAGGCUUCAGGAGUUUGGUCAUUGUGUCAGGUUGGCUGCUCAUGCUAACUUCAGCACCUUCGUAAGGUCAGCCGGGGUGGACUUCUAUCCUUUGGGUGGUGAUCCUCGAGUUUUGGCAGGAUAUAUGGCCAGAAAUAAAGGUUUCAUACCAUCUGGACCAGGAGAAAUAUCCAUACAAAGGAAGCAACUGAAAGCCAUUAUUGAAUCUCUCCUUCCAGCAUGUACAGAAGCAGAUUUGGAAACUGGUGUUCCUUUUAGAGCUCAGGCUAUCAUUGCAAACCCUCCUGCUUAUGGACACACACAUGUUGCUGAAGCUCUUGGUGUUCCCCUUCACAUUUUCUUCACAAUGCCUUGGACGCCCACUUAUGAAUUCCCUCACCCAUUGGCGCGUGUACCUCAAAGUGCUGGUUAUUGGCUUUCAUAUAUAGUCGUGGAUUUACUGAUAUGGUGGGGCAUAAGGUCAUAUAUUAACAACUUCAGGAAACGGAAAUUGAAGCUUGCUCCUAUUGCAUAUUUCAGCACAUACCGUGGGUCAAUAUCUCAUUUGCCAACAGGCUACAUGUGGAGUCCCCAUCUUGUACCAAAGCCGAAUGAUUGGGGAACUUUAGUUGAUGUUGUUGGAUUUUGUUUCUUAAACCUUGGGUCAAAGUAUCAGCCUCAAGAAGAAUUUGUUCAGUGGAUUCAAGAAGGACCUGAACCUAUAUAUAUUGGGUUUGGGAGCAUGCCUCUCGAAGAUCCCAAGAAAAUAACGGAUACUGUGUUGGAGGCUUUAAAAGACACAGGACAAAGAGGAAUAAUUGACCGAGGCUGGGGAGGUCUUGGGCAUCUUACAGAGAUUCCUGACAAUAUUUUCCUCUUAGAGGAAUGCCCUCACGAUUGGUUGUUUCCCCAGUGUUCUGCUGUGGUUCAUCACGGUGGUGCUGGAACAACGGCUACAGGGCUAAGAGCUGCGUGUCCAACAACCAUAGUUCCGUUCUUUGGAGAUCAGUUCUUCUGGGGUGAUAGAGUGCAUCAAAAAGGGCUUGGACCUGCCCCAAUCCCAAUAUCUCAGUUCAGUGUUGAGAGCCUUUCAAAUGCGAUAAAUUUCAUGCUUCAGCCUGAGGUUAAGUCUCGAGCAAUGGAACUGGCAAGGUUGAUAGAGAACGAAGAUGGUGUUGCUGCUGCGGUUGAUGCUUUUCAUCGGCAAUUACCUCCAGAGCUACCCUUGCCCACUGCAUCUUUGGAGGAAGAUGAGCAACCAAAUCCCCUGCAGUGGAUUUUUAUUCAAAUCGAGAAGUGGUGCUGCCUGCCUUGUGGUUUGUAGAGUCUAUUGUAGUGUUUGUAUAGUCCUGUUCAUUUUUCAUUUUUUUUUAUAUCAUUUUACCUCUCAUUCCAUUCAUUUCAUUCAAGGGCCUCUUUAAGGGUUUGACUCAAUAUAGUUUAGAUAAAAAGUGAUAAUACAAGUUAGCAUAGGUUUUUCUCCCUGCUUGUCUAACAGUGUUUGGUUUCUUUCUUGAUUUGUAACACAUAAUGAGGGUAUAGUUAUAGAGUUUGAGUUUCUUCAUUUCAGACCUUUUAUGGGUUGCACUUGUCUUAUCAUUUUCUUUAUAUGAUAUUGAUUCGCUAUUCAUCAGCAAUAUAUUAUUUUCUUUUCA